AUGCGUGUCGAAAAGUUUCCCCUCUCACCCCCGAGUCUAGAAGAGCUGGCCGAGCGACUCAAAGCUCCCUUGGACGCCAACUACAAGCACGCAUCAGUGACUGUGGUCGAUUGUCCUGACCUACGAAAAGCGCCUUUUCAUCUGGCGACCGAGGGCCUCUCGGGCGAUGAAAAAAUCGCAGAUGUUGGCGGCCAGCCGAAUCUCUUUCCACGCCCCCGGCUUGACAGUAUCUGGUCCAUACCAGAGCUUGGUAGAAACAUGGAAAUGAGCCCCGAAAAGGGUAGCUUGAUCGGCGCUGGUGCCGGUCCUUUCCACGUCAUCGGGCAGAACAGCGAGCUUGCGCCGAAUCUCAGCUGGCAAGGCGGUCUUGAUAAGGUCGAUAACAAAAGUCAAGUCAUCCAGAUCAAACGCGCCACCGGAGAAGUCAGCGUCGGAACGAGCCCUUCCGUAGACUGCGGCCUCAUGGUCAACUUGUACGGUUCCCUGGGCGAGCCAGGACCGGUCCUCAAGAUUACAGCAAAGGGCCGCAAGGGUUCUGAAAAGAGCUUUACUGAGUGCAUCCGGAAAGGACUGAAUGCUGCGUAUGGCGAUGAAAGAACUAUUAGUCUCGGCGGAGCCUUUGUGGUGAAGGCAGGGAAGGCGACUUACCACAUCAUGCCUGAUUUCCCUGCCGAGAGCGAUCUACCUUUUAAAGACAGAAAGGAAGUUGAGAAGUGGUUGACCUUUCAUGAUUUCGAUUCGCCCAUUGUGGGACUAUCUGUGUUGCACUCUGCGGAUCCUGGCAACAAGAUGGGCUUGAGGAUUGAGCAUACGCACGCGUUCUCUCCACUGGAAAAGAAUGCUGGAGGUCACUACCAUUACGAAGCCGAGGGAGAGGAAGAGGUUGAGUAUGAAGGAUACUUCAAUACUGCAAAAACGAUAUACAGGAUAGACAGCCCAGCGGUCAACUAA